GAGGGUGUGUCUCCGCCACGGUUUUUGGUACAUGUAAAAAAGGCUCUUUAACAUAAAAAUGAACACAGCAAAUUAAAGAAUUCCGGACAUUCGCUAUGCUUUACUUACUAUUUGUUUGAUUUGUCUCUUCAAUUUGUUUGGCCUUCGGUUGGUCGAGAUUCUGUGCUAUGGAAACCAAUAAUUGGCAUUUGGCAAAGGGAGUGGGUACAGAAGAACAGAUGGUAUGGAAAUGAAACUAAAACGAAGAUGGAGACGUACGUCUACCACAAAAUUUUUUGGUUUGUUUGUUCUCCACUCGUAGAUAGAUGCUCCCUAUCAAGGUUGCUAAACCUUUGUUCGGUUUCUCGGUUCAAUCGGAUCCGUCCGAAAACGGUCAUAUAAAUAGUUGGAAUAUAUUUCGGUUAGACGAUUUUGGGAGAAAAAAAAUCGAACUCGAGUUAAAUUAGUUAAAACCGGGUUCAAAGAUAAGGAUGGAUUUUUUUUUUUUGAAGAAAUAAUUUGGUAAUAUAUGAAUGUAGAUUAUUGAGAUUAUCUCACGUAUUAUUUUAAUAAUGACUUGAACUGGUUGAGCUCGAUCUGAUCAUUAAACAUCAUACCACUAGUUAAAAUGAUUUGACAAUCUUGCUCUAUAGCAUCGGUAGAACCCGAACUCAUAGAAAUCCAACCUAACCCAACUCUGAUAAAUUGGAUAAAAUUAUGGCUCGUUUGCUUAUUGGAUUUGAAAAUGAGGGUUUUGAGUUUUCAAAACCUUUGGAUUUAUGAUGGAUUUGUUGCAUUAUGGAAUUGGAAGAGUACAUUGUUUGUGUAGUUUAUUUUUGUCAUAAAUUCAUGAUGGAUUUGUUCACAUUUCGCCUUCCAUUAUCAAAUCUCAAAUGAAAUGUGGGAUUUGCAAAUCCGUGGGGUCCACGGAUUUGGAUCUAAAAAAUGGGUCAAAAUCCGUGGGGCAUGUCCCUUAGCAAACAAUGGACUUGUGCCAAUUCCAUUAUGCUUGGGAUUUGGGUACCAAAUCUAUCACCCAAAUUCCACAGGCCACAAGCAAACGAUACCUAAUUCCUUAUACAGUCGGCGUAAUCGAACAAGUCAGACUGCACCCAGUGCCACAGAAUAUGCAUGCGGAUACCCCAAUAUGGCCGCCAUUCACUGAAUAGCUUGUGGGUAAGGGUUUUGGGUCGGGUUAGGAUAAAUUUGGAUCUUCCGAAUGGGUAUGGAUUGCGGAUUUCGUGAAGUUUCAGGGUUGGGCCGCUUCCAAUCUUGGGCCAGGUAAUAUGGCCUGUGAAGAAUAUGUGGAAGGAGAAUUACAAUUUUUGGUGGUUCAGUUCAAUAUCUUCCAGCUGCCGAUUUGCCCUACUUUCUUCCCUUCUCCUCCGGUUACCGGCGGCGGAUGCUGCACUUCGUAUACCGUUCGUGAUUGAAGCUUUGGGUUGCUCCGGCCUCCAUUCUCGAAAAAUUAGCCAUCUCCGGUCAGUUCUUCGCAGAUACUCUUUCAUUUCUCCAAUAUUCUUCCGGUCAUUCAUAUAGCACAGCAGCGACAUUUCGGUGCCCUAGUCCUCAUUCUGCACUCUCGAUAGUAUACGAUGGGUGUAUUUAGGCUAAUUAAUAUAAUUUCACAUCGGAGAACCGUUAUAGCAUUGAGUUCUCCGGCCGCCCAACUCAGCGGAAUUUCUCAUCUACUUGGGGUCAGAAGUUUCACUUCCAAGAUUGCACAUCAAGAAGGGGAAGAUGGGCCUUCCUUCCCUGUGUCUUAUCUUAUGACCUCACAUGGGUUCUCAUUAGACAGCGCAAAAGCUUCAUCUAAGUAUUUGAAUUUCCAGACGGCGGAGAAACCCGAUGCGUUUGAUAAUCUGCUGAGAAGUCAUGGAUUCUCCGGUACCCAAAUCGCCAAAUGCAUUAAGACCUUCCCCGGUCUACUUGUACUGGAUCCGGAGAGGAUACUUCGUCCCAAACUUGACUUCCUUCUCUCUCUUGGGAUUACUACCCCCGAGCUCAGCAAGGUCGUCUCUUCAAAUCCUUAUCUGAUGGUUGUAAGCUUAGAGAAAUGCCUGAUUCCUCGGUGUAAUUAUCUCAAGGAAGUCCUGGGUCGUGACGAUGGAGUUGUGAGUGUCCUGAAGCGCUCUCGGAGGUGCUUUGUUGGCACUAUACAGAACAACGUUGUUCGCAAUCUAGCACUUCUUAGGAAUCUUGGAGUGAGCAAGAAUGCCAUCGCUUACUUAGUGUCCAACUUCCCUCAUGUGGCUUUCAAGGUUCACUCUGAUUUUGCCAAAAGAGUUGAGCUCGCCAAGGAAUUUGGAUGCGAUCCUCUGAAGUGGAACUUUGUUAGUGCAAUUAGAGUGUUUUCCAGUGUGAAGAAAUCAAGCUGGGAGAAGAGAUUACAGGUGUAUGGGAGGUGGGGGUGGUCAAAGGAUUUGAUUAUGUUGGCUUUCAAGAUAUUUCCGCAGUGUAUGUGCAGUUCAGACGAGAAGAUCAUGCAGACAAUGGACUUCCUUGUGAACAAACUCGGUUGGGAAUCGGAGGCUGCUGCUAAGUUCCCAAAUAUCUUCAGUUUAAGCUUCGAGAAGAGGGUUGUUCCUAGGUGUUCCGUCCUGCAGCUUUUGAGGCUGAGAGGGUUGAUAGAUGAUAUGCCUUGCUUAAGUACUUUCUUGUGUCCUGCAGAGAAGCGGUUUAAGGAAAAGUUUGUGGUCGAAUAUCCGGAUGAUAUCCAGGCUGAACUGUUGGAUCUGUAUGAAAGACGAGUGAAUGUCGUUGAUUUUCGCACUAUGGCUGUCGAAGAUGUCAAAUCAAGAUCCUAGUUGUUCCUUAUCAACUAUGUGCUUGGUUUUAACAGAUGCUCGAGAACAACGUAUUGCUUUUUCGUUGAUCUUUAAGCUUAUCUAAAAGUUCUUGCUUGUUAUUCUGAUGUUGUGCUGGGCUGCUGGCAUAAGCAAAUGCUGGCAAUAUUUGGCCCGUGCACCUUCUCCUUGAAAAUACGCUAUGGAGAAUGAGUUCCUGGAUGAUACUGUUACUGAUUCUUCCUCGUAGUCCUAUAUCUUAUGGAUCGCCUCUGGAUGUUUCAUUAACUCAUCCAUCGUCCACUCUGCUGUCACUGUUUCUACCGAUGAUAGCUUCAUGUGAGUUAAAAUGCAAGCAUAGAUCGAAUGCUGAUGUUGUAGAAUGGGCGCCUGGUGGAGUGCAAGGGCAAAGAACCAAAACUGCAACUCUGCAAGGUCUAUAGAUAAGGCACAGUCAGCUGCAGGCACUGCAUUUAUGGAAUGCAUAGGUGAAAGUAAAGUGAAGCAUCUACGGGAGAAGUAUAGAGCUUACGAGAAGAACAUGGCGAAGACAACGCGCGUUUGGUUGAACAAGUGACGAGCUAGUCCAAGAAACCAAACCAAGAACCUGAAACUAUAGCCGGUUCUUGUCACCAGACUGCUCUGUCUGUGCUCCACACAGCCACUGGGUUGCCUUUUGAUAGAACCUCCAUGGACUGCAAGUUCGUUGGCCUCCGGGAUUUCCGUUAGCGCUCUAUCGAUUUCGAUCACUUUCGUGUACAAUCCAAUUAAGCCUAAGCAUUAAUAAAGCAAAUGGUAGGGAAAUUUGGUCCCUUAUUGCUGAGAGCUAGCGGUUGAUUGUCCAACUCUCGUUACAGAGUUGAAAAGGAAGGACGAUCGAUGACUUCAUGGGAAUGAAACAAAUUUGUAGUGGUUAAUUGAUAGGUUUCAAAAAGCGCGGUUGAACACUAUCUUCUCCAACGACGAUGUUAUUAAAAAAAAUUUCUAAUUCAGCGUAAAAUAAAUAAAUAAAACAUAUAUUUCAGA